UUUUACACGACAAUGCCAUAUUGUGGUCAGGAAUAACACAAAAGGCACUGGGGCAAUCGUUGGUUUGUCAUUAGAUACAGGUGUCGCCACCAUCGAACAGUCACGGUGAAAAGGACAUUAUUUCUCAGUAUUGAAUUGUCUGAACUAGACGUAAAACGUGAAAGACGUGGAAGGCUUUCUAUCGGUUAUUUCCAGCUACAAAUUUCAUCCGGACUCGUAUUUCCGAAACAACCACAUUUUUGAUAUUAACGAAAUAUAACUUUUUGUUAAUAUAACACAGAAUGAAUAUGGAUUUUUCAUUGAUAUGUUUGGCUUUUAUGUCUGUGGUCAGUUUCGUUUCUUCGAUGUCCAUACCUCUUACGAAUGUAUUGACAAAGACUCCCCACACCACGUGUAUAAGGAGCUGCCGAGAGGUGAAAACGAGGCAUGGAGUCGAUGAUUAUACGUGCGGAUUCUCGUGCUUAAAAAUCCGCGGGAAAGUGCUGAAAAAACGAAGCAAGAGGGAUACCAAGUCAUCUGGGAGAAAUUACAUACACAUUACCCCGAUCCCUAAAAAGUUCAAAUUUUACGAUAUCAACGAUGACAAAGGAAUCAGUCUGCCAGAAUUUGCACGCAGCUUGGGCCAUGACCCCAAAUCAUUUCACAUCCGCUCGGCAUUCAGUGAGGUCGAUAGAGACAGUGAUGGCAAGAUUGAUGCCAUGGAAUUCCACAGCGACGUGCUCGUCUUUGAUGGUGAUGGAAUGUUUGAAGACGAUGAUUACAACGUCGACGACUCGGUUAUAUCAAAGAGAGUCCAGUAUGAUGAGGACGAUGGUGUUGUGAGAAAUGAUGAUGACAGCAGCGAUGACAGUAGCAGCAGCGACAGCAGCGACGAUGACGAUAGCAGCGAUAGUGAUAGUAGUGACAGCGAUAGUAGUGAUAGUAGCGACAGCAGUGAUGACAGCGACGAUUCUAGUAAAGACAGCGAUGACAGCAGCAGUGAUAGCAGUGAUAGCAGUGACGAAGAUGAUAAACAGAAAAGGAAAAGGGGCGACAGAGAUGACACAGGCGACGACAGUAGAGAUAGAGAUGAUGGGUUUGACUUGCCAGAGAUCCGUGUGAAAGAUGAUAAGUUUGACGACACUGCUGAUGAUAUGUUGGAAAACGUUCUAGAAGGCAUUGAUAUGGAUGUUGGUGAUAUAGGAAUUGGCGGUAUAUCUGCAAACACUGACGAUAUUGUCGAUGAUUUGGGCGAUGGCAUCAGCGAUGCGGUCGAAAAUGUUAACGAGGUUGUGGGCGACGCGGUCGAUACUUUCACUGAUGGGGCGGGCGAUGUCAUCGACAACAUUCAGGAUGGAGUCGAAAAUACGAUAGAGGCUGUCAGCGAUGUGGCUGGAAAUAUGGCAGACAGUGUGAGUGACGUAGCAGGAAACGUGCAGGAUGUCAUUAGUGACGUGGUAGAAAAUACGGUCGACACUAUGAGUGACGUCGCAGGAAAUGUUGUAGACACUGUCAAUGACGUCAUGUCAGAUGGUUCAGAUGCAAUGAACACCAUGGUAGCCGCAAACUUGAUCGCCGAGGCAGCUCCACCCUCGAUCAUCCCUAACACUCGCGUAAACUCACGACCACAGGCGACAUUAGCCGGGGCUAACCGACGACUUGAUAUUCCUCCCGCUCCUGUACCGGCUGUUGCCCUUCCAAGUAUUCCGAAUUCACCCGGAGUGCCGUCCAUGUGGGAAGACCCAUCAAAAGGAUCAGCGGAUUUACAGCGGAACAUUGCCAAUGUGGUUUCCCGUAGCAACGGAGGACGGACAUCUGUUAUCCAAACCGCACGUGACGACAGUAUCCAAUGGAGAUUCUAAUAAUGUGAUACUUGUUUCUAACUAUGACAUCAGUCACAUCAAACCCUCCUUAAAUAUAAUCACUUCAUAGUCAAGUUUAAACGUAAGCCAUUGACGAAUAGUGUAUAUCUUAAGCUAAAAUGUCUUAUCGGCUAUUUGACAAGUUACAAGUUCUCGUUAAAAAAAAGGCAUACAUGCUUUAUAUUGGUAUUUCCCCCCGGGAUUGCUUAGGUACUCAUUUGUUUAUACAAAGCCAUAUAUUUAAUACAUGUAGCUUAGUAUUACCUGUAUCGGCAUGGAAAAAAGUUCUCCUAAAUGUUUCCCUAGCGUCUGGUAGUAGAUAAAACUAGCUAAACUAUUAAUGAAAAUAUGUAUCUGUAAAUAGGAUAAUAAACAAUGUACAUAGACAUUUUAUAACUUAUUUCAUGUCUAAUAUUACCUCAUAUUUCUAGUAUUGCUUACAAACUAUUGUAGAUUUCUAUUACAACAUAUGAUUUGUGUCACUCACUUUCGAAAACAUUUGAAAACUUCAUCAUAUUUUUUUUCUAAUGAGGCUAUAUCUUAUGUGUUGUUAUUUUGACCAAAUGUGUGAGAUUGACAAUAUGUGUUGCAAUGUGUUUUAUAUACCUGAGUGUUAUUUUUCUGUCAUUUAUCAUUAAAAACAAAUGUAAACAAAUA